UCCUCUAGAUAUCAGAGACACUGUGAAGUACAAAGAAGUCAUGAAACAAUACGGACUGGGCCCAAAUGGUGGGAUCGUGACCUCUCUCAAUCUCUUUGCUACAAGGUUUGAUCAGGUGAUGAAGUUUAUUGAAAAAAGACAAAAUGCAUCCAAGUAUGUUAUUAUUGACACACCAGGGCAAAUUGAGGUGUUCACCUGGUCAGCGUCAGGAACCAUCAUAACUGAGGCCUUGGCUUCCUCUUUCCCUUCGGUGGUUGUUUAUGUGAUGGACACCUCUCGCAGUACUAACCCUAUCACCUUUAUGUCCAACAUGUUGUAUGCCUGCAGUAUCCUGUACAAGACAAAGCUACCUUUCAUUGUUGUCAUGAACAAAACUGACAUAAUUGACCACAGCUUUGCAGUAGAAUGGAUGCAGGACUUUGAGACUUUCCAGGAUGCCCUGAAUCAGGAGACAUCCUAUGUCAGUAACCUGACUCGUUCUAUGAGUCUAGUGUUGGAUGAAUUUUACAGUUCACUGAAGGUGGUUGGUGUUUCUGCUGUGCUUGGCACAGGACUGGAUGACUUUUUUGUCCAGCUUUCUAAAGCUGUAGAUGAGUAUGAGAGAGAAUAUCGUCCAGAAUAUGAGCGCCUGAGAAAAACACUGGAGAAAGCUCAAAACAAAGAAAAGAGAGAGCAGCUGGAACACUUGUGGAAGGACAUGGGCAGCGUGUGUAUGCAGGGCAACACGCUUGCAGGGCCUGCUGAUGCUUCUGCAAUGAGUCCCUCUGAGCUGAUCCUAACACGAGGAACUCUUGAUGAAGAAGAAGAGAGGGAGAGUGAUACCGAUGACAUUGACCAUGAAGUUACUGAGGAGAGUCAUGAAGAACCAGCCUUCAGAAACUUUAUGCAAGAGACACGGGUGAAAUACCAGAGAAGAAGAAACCCAAAUGAAUGAGUCCUUCA